AUGCGCCAGCCAGGGAAGGGCGGCGUGGGAUUCCCAAACCUUAAGGCAUACUACCACGCAACACAAAUCGCCAACAUACUCCAUAUGCACUCCACCACAUACACCCCCCAAUGGAUCCCCAUUGAAACAAGUUGCGGAGGAAUAACAGACCUCACAGCAGCUAUGUGGACGCCUAAGAAGCUGCACCACACACCUCGGAGCACCCUUCCCACCACUAAACUACUAUACAACAUAUGGGACAACCACAGGGCCGCAUUUUGCUCUGUUAGACCGUGGUCGAUGGCAACGCCAUUAAAAACGAUCGCACUCUACAAUAAUACGUUCCCAUAUAGAGCAUGGCAAGCUUGCAACCUCACACACCUACACCAAAUCUGCACCGAACAAGGGCCACUCCCGCUCUCGACACUGCAAUCCACAUACAACAUCCCAACACAGCUUACAUUCUCAUACUGGCAACUGAAAGCACUCUUAGUCAGCACUACAGGCAACGAACCAUCACCCCAAUUUGACUCCACCCUCACACCAUUCGAAAAAAUGUGCCUCCACCUAAUCCCCACCCAAAAAACAUUGUCAGUGUGCUAUAGACACAACAAUGCACACAAGCCAGAACCGGAGUGGCAGAUCAAAAAGGACUGGCACAGAGACAUAGGUAGAGCCCUCAUGCCAGACGAAUGGAACAGCAUAUACGCCAAUCAUAAGGGACUCACAGCGUGCGCCUCACACCUAGAGGCCUCACGCAAAAUACUAUAUAGAUGGUACAUGGUACCUACAAGGCUUAAGAAAAUCUAUCCCAACAUGAGUGAUAAGUGCUGGAGGUGCCAGACUCAGAUAGGGACCAUGCUACACAUUUGGUAGACCUGCACCCUGGUUCAGCCGUACUGGACACGAACAGCAAGGUUGAUAAGAGAGGCUACAGGAUGCAUCCUCGAACACAAUGCUGAAACAUUCUUACUUAAACUCUUGCCCACCAACAUACCUCACUGUAUAACCCAACUGAUAUUCCACACUCUCCUCAGCGUCCAUCUUACUGGCAAAGCAAGGGAAAUCCUCCCAGAUCUCCUCUAUGGCAGAGGUGGUAGCGAUGGUCGCUGCCACCCUGGACUAUGAGGUGAUUCUAUGGAACCAAACAAAAAUGGGUAAAUGGAGCGCUACUGCGAAAGCAAUAUGGGCCACAUACACAGCAAAGAGGGACCUACAAGCUGUAGCUAGGGACAAUGCCAGUGAUGGCACAGAGACAUGA